UUUGAUAACUUGUUUCUAUCACUUCUAUCCUCACUUUUCCCUCACCAUGAGCUUCUCCAAGAUUGCCUCUCUCACCGGCUUGCUGGCCUCGGCCUCGCUCGUUGCCGGACACGGCUACGUCUCCGGUAUCGUUGCCGACGGCAAAUACUACGACGGAUACCUCGUCGACAAGUACGCCUACGGAGAUGACGCCCCCGACACCAUCGGCUGGUCGACCACGGCCACCGACCUAGGCUUCGUAGACGGCACCCAGUACGACAGCGACGACAUCAUCUGCCACGAGGAGUCGAAGCCCGGUGCCCUGACGGCGCCCGUGACCGCCGGCUCCAAGGUCGACCUUCAGUGGACGGAGUGGCCCGAGAGCCACCACGGCCCCGUGAUCACGUACCUGGCGGACUGCGGCGCCGACUGCUCAGCGGUCGACAAGACGACCCUCAAGUUCUUCAAGAUCGACGCCAAGGGCGUCACCGACCCGGAGGCUGCGAACCCCGGCGUCUGGGCCUCGGACGACUUGAUCGCCAAUAACGGCACCUGGACCGUGACGAUCCCAGCCGCCAUCGCGGACGGCAACUACGUGCUCCGCCACGAGAUCAUCGGCCUCCACUCCGCCGGCCAGGUCGACGGCGCGCAGAACUACCCCCAGUGCGUCAACAUCAAGGUUACUGGCGGCGGUGACGCCAAGCCCGAGGGAACCGCGGGCCCUGCUCUGUACAAGGACACCGACCCCGGCAUCCACUUCGAUCUGUACCAGGGUGACCUGACCAGUUAUAAGAUGCCCGGGCCGGAGCUGUUCAAGGCUUAA